AUGGCAGGUUUGAAAGAGCUCACAGGUUUGGGUGGGCUGCAGAUUACUGGCCUGCUUGGACUUGCUGCCCUGACACUCUGCAUCUGGCGUCGAUAUUUCUCCCCAAUCAGCGACAUUCCAGGUCCAUUUACAGCCAGCUUCACUCGGCUGUGGCAUAUUCUGCGCAUUCUGAAAGGGGAUCAGAACCUAGAACUUAUUCGCUUACAUGACACGCACGGACACUUUGUUCGCGUGGCGCAUAAUGAGGUGAGUGUCAGCCAUCCUGAAGCCAUCAGGAAGAUCCUUGGGGCACCGCUUCACAAGGGCAGCUGGUACAAAGUUAUCGCCUUCCCGGAUGGUCGCUUCGAGAAUCCCAUGUCCGCCACGGAUCCCAAGGUGAAGAUGGAAUUGUCCAAACAUCUCGCGCCUGCGUACACACUCUCCAACCUGCUGCAUAACGAGGACAGAAUCAGCAAAACAAUCGAGUUGCUUCUGGGCUGGCUGGACAAGUUUUCUGCCUCCGGUAAUCUAAUCAAUCUCGACCAAUAUUUUACCUUCACCACCUCUGAUGUUGUCGGUGAGGCGGUUUUCUCCAAGCAGUUCGGCUUCUCGCGUGCAGGCCGCGACAUCAACAAUACGAUCGCCAAUGCACACCCCCAGGCCGCCUACGUCUCGGUCGCUGGUUUCUUCCGAUGGUUCCACAUUCUCUUCCUCAGCAACCCCGUCAUCACCUGGCUGAACAUUACGCCUUGGGGGCACCUUAUUGACACGGCCAUGACGGCCAUUAAGGAGCGCCAGAAGAACCCAGAUGCUCGUAUGGAUGCCGUAGCCCAUUGGUUUCGCAUGCUCCAGCAACAUCCUGACCGCAUGCAGUUGCACGAAAUUCACAGCGCUGCAUUCAACGCUGUCGCUGCGGGCAAUGAAACUGUUUCUACGGCGUUGCAGGCGUUUGUGUACUUCAUGAUCCGUCAUCCAAAUGCCUGGAAGCGCGCGAGGGCUGAGAUUGAUACAGCAGGUAUCAACGACCGUGUUGUCAGGUACACGGAUGCGCAGAAGUUGCCAUUCUUGCAGGCUUGUAUCAAAGAGGCCCUCCGGAUUUUUGGGCCGGCUUCUAUGGGUUUGCCACGUAUUGCGCCUGAAGGUGGCAUAACUUUUGGUGACCAGACCAUUCCUCAGGGAACCAUUGUUUCGGUCAACAUCUGGGUUAUGCACUACUCGAAGGAGACUUGGGGUCCAGAUGCCCGCGAGUUCAACCCAGACCGGUGGCUGAGUGAGGACACAUUUCGCCUUGCAAAAUAUUUCAUCCCAUGGGGGAUGGGUUAUGCCUCAUGUCCCGGGCAGAACCUUGCUCGAAUUGAGCUGAAUAAGAUUUGUGCAACGAUCGUGCGGGACUAUGAUAUCCGACAAGCCAACCCGGAACAGGAGUGGACGUGGAAAGCUUUCUUCACGGUGGUUCCGCAUAACUGGCCAUGUUAUAUUCAGAAAAGGAAUAAGAAGGGAUAA